AUGGAACAGGAGGCUGCGUGGAUAUCAAUCCCACAGAAGCGCCACAGUAGGAAGAAGAAUGUGGACAGGCCCGCCUUCUGUCCCAUCAAACACCUGUCAGUCACAGAGGCAGCUGCGAUCCCAUUGGACGUUCAGCAGCGUGGAGUAGACGUGGGCGUGGCCAUCAUCCUUCAGACAGCCAAUCAGAGAGUGUUGCUGACACGUCGGGUGAAUGAGCUUCGUAUAUUUCCCAACGUCUGGGUUCCUCCAGGUGGUCAUGUGGAGCCGGAUGAGAGUCUGCUGGACGCAGGCCUCAGGGAGUUAAAGGAGGAAACUGGACUCAAACUGGAACCAGAGGGAUUUUCUCCAAAAAUACUGGGACUCUGGGAGUCAGUGUAUCCUCCCAUGCUGUCCAGAGGACUUCCUCAGAGACAUCACAUCGUCAUCUACAUGCUGCUGCAGUCCUCCCUGUCUCACCUGCAGCUACAGACCUUUCUGAGACCGUCUCCUGCUGAGGUCAGUGCCUGUCUGUGGGCCGACAGCCGGCUGGCCAGAGCCGUCGUGUCCGCUGUGGACGGAGAGGAGACAAAGCUUCAACUGGACGACCUGCAGAGCAGCAUCAGUGUGUCGCAGGUCUCCACAGAGGGAGCUCUGACUGACUCCACUCUUCCUCUGGAGGUGUUCGUCAGCCGGGCGCCCGCCAGCGGCCCGGAUGUGGAGCGGGUCAGCACUGGGACCAAGUUCGCCCUGGAGCUGUGGCUGAGGAGCCUGGAGACCUAUGACCUCUGACCCCGCCACCCUGCAGGCCUCUGGAGGGACAGCUCUGGAUAAGAGGAGGUUGUCUCCGUAAAUGUCACUUUUAUUUUCAUGUUCUUUGAAUCUUUAUUUUUAAUAAAACACACCUGAAACAGAAACGUGUCUCUGACUGACACCUGAGGCUUCAGGACAGCAGGAGGUGAGGCAAGCUCCGCCUCCAAACGCAGCAGGGUCGUAUUCUCAGGAACCUCAGACUUUACCAACCCGGGUUAAUUUAAGUUGUCUGAUUAAAAACUUACAUAUGAUGGUAUUUAAGUGGCUGAUUCCAUGAUUUAUAAAUUUAUAGACAUUUAAAUUUGAAAACUCUGAAACCAACAAAAAUAAACGAAUAAACAAAAAAUUACUUGAGUUUUAUUUUCUGACAGUGAAACAGUUUUAUUUUGGCACCAUGAUGUUCUGUCUGCAGAGUUGUUCAUCAUAUCUUUAAAGACUUUAUAUUAUUAUUGUUAUAUUUUUUAUUAUUUGGGUGGUGUUUCUGGGGUUGUGUCUAAAAUAAAACAAUAACAUAAGAAAAUAAGGUGAAAUUUGAAAUGAAAAUAAAUGAAUAUAAAUGGUCUUCAAAUAUUAGUACAUUCAAACUAUUCAUUUGUAGAAUCUUACACAUCAUAGCAGGUCUUUUGCAGAUUUUAAGUUCAUAUUUCAGGGAUUUACAGGCUGUUGGUGAAAUUCAUUACAAAAAUAAUUAAAAUCAGUUUUCUUAAAUGUGGCUUUGUGUUUAUAAUAUUUUGUUACUCUGAUUUUCUUCUUAAACAGUCCAUACAUGAAAUCUACAUGUGAUCUGAGUUCUUGUUUUAAAACCAGUUUUUCAUUUUUGUUUGUCGUCAACAGGAAAACAAAAUCUGCCCUAUAAUUUCAAUAUUCUGCUGAAUGAACAUAAUUAUCAUAACUGAGUCAUAGUGUCAGAAAAUAGCCAAAAUGUUAUUGGUUAAUUUAAAAUGAAUUUCUUCAGGUUAAUGUGGGAUAAUGUAUUGAUAUUAUAUCAAUAUUGUGAUCUGAGACUAGAUAUGGUUAUAGAUUUGGGAUAUCGUGAUAUAGUUAAUGUUUUUUCCUGGUUUUAAAGGCUGCGUUACAGUACGGUGAUGUAAUUUUCCAAAUUAUCCAUGCUGUUCUUUAUCUAUCAGGAGGGGGUAGCUUGGGCGUGGCCCAUAUUUUAAUUAAUUAAUUUUUUUAUUUACCCGCCCCGAAGCUACAGAUAUUUUUCCUUGAGCCUCCCUGAGUGACUGGUGGACCCUCCCUCAACUAUAAAGUAGUUAUUAGAUUUUUAAAACCUACUCUUUGACUCUUUGAUUUGGCGCAGAAGGUUUAUUUUUGGCCAAACUUUAAAUGAGACGUAGAAUACAGUGAUUCAGAUGAUAAAUGACUCGUUAAAGCUCAGAUUUGGUUAUGUGGGUUCUUUUUCUGAUAGAAACAUUAAUUGCACAUGAUGUGUCCAGGAACUGUUGGAAAUUUGAAAAUCCAAUGAUAAUUUCUGUCUGUACAGUUUCUGGCUGUGAUAUAAUGGUGUCAUUUUGUUGAUUUAAAAAACAUUACUUUUCUUUAAAAUUUUGCAGUAAAAUAAAAACAAAUUGCAACCAUAUAAAUCUGUAUGCCCUUUCCCUCAACUAUAAUAAAUAACACAAGUCCUG